AUGCUCCUGUCAGGAGAGGUAAGUGCUCUUCCAUUGUUCUAUUCUUCUCGUGUGAUUUACACUGCAGGUAUGCUUCUCCGCCUUCGUUACUUAAUUCUUUCUUUGCCUUCACACAUUGAAAAAGAACUAGUUCCUCGAUAUGCAAUUGUGGCCAUCCAAAAGCUCAGUAAGCAGGUUUCCGCAGCAUCAAAAAUGUUCCCGGCGAACUACUUCUUGAAGAAGAUGAUGCUCAUUCUCCAACUAUUUAUUCAGACAUAUGUCACCCAGGUGCUGGAAUUGUUGCGCCAUAGCGAAACUCUGGCGCAGUUUCAGGUCCCCAGCAGACUUCUGGACAUAUACAAGCAUGAUAUGAAGGAUAUGAUUAAGCUUGCAAAUGUCAUUUACAAGUUCGGUUCUGGUGCCAACUUAACCAAUGCAUUUGAGAAGACCUACCCACCUGCACCAUACUUGGACAUGCUUAGCUCGUUAGCAACUGGUUUCCGCCAAAAAAAGGGCAACCCAGGACCUGAGGCACCGCCAAAUGCUAGAUCCAUGCACAAGUCAAUGAGCUUGCAAGAGAGUGGCUUGAGACACCCAGGUAUGGGCAAUAUUCCUGACGGAAUUCCUCAUUCAGAAGCCGCAACCCCUGCACCGCAUCUCCCACCUCUGAACGGACAGCCAGAAUUGGCUUCUGGUGUUUUGGGCGGUCAGCAUGGGGUGUUUCCAAAUAACCAGGACCAAACCAUGAACUCAGCAGGUCAACCCCAUUUUGCGCAUAUGGUCACAGAUGCCAAAGAUUCGUCGGUAUAUACUCAACCGGUGCCACCACUUAAUCACAACUACCCGAACAUGGCACCUAACUGGGACACGCUAUUAAGCAAAGACGAUUAUUUUAUUGACGAUGAAUUUUGGAGCAAUCUUCUUAGCACAGAUUCAAAUGCCCUGUCAAGUAAGUUUCAUUUUGCUCAAGACGAGCCGAUGAAAACCGAAAACUUACUAUUUAUGAAUUAA